GACAGCGCCGGGAGCAUGGCCUUGCACGUGAGCAGGCUGCGCGCGGGCCCCUGCUGGCGUGCGGCGCGGGGCGGCUGCGGAGCUCUGCGCGCUGGGCCCCCGCGCUGCGCCGCCGGGCGCAUCUGCCGACUGCCUGGCACGGCUGGCGCGGUGCAGAGCCGCGGGCUGGGACACGGCCCCGCAGCGGGCGGCGGCCCCAGGCUGGGUGCCGGCCUGACCGCGGCGCUAGCUGGGCUGGCGGGGCUGGCCGCCGCCGCCUUCGGACAUGUGAAGCGGGCGGAGAUGGUGCCCAAGAGCACGGGGGCGCGGAGCCCCCAGCCGGGGAGGCCGGAGGAGCAGGACGACCUGGCCCACCGCUGCAGCUGCUUCAUGGCCUCGCCUGUGACCGACCUGCGCGAGCUGCGGAGGAGGCCAGACGACAUGAAGACCAAGAUGGAGCUGUUGAUCAUGGAGACCCAGGCUCAGGUGUGCCAGGCGCUGGCACAGGUAGACGGAGGCGCCAGCUUCUCUGUGGACCGGUGGGAGAGGAAGGAAGGAGGUGGUGGCAUAAGCUGCGUGCUUCAAGAUGGUCAUGUCUUUGAGAAGGCUGGAGUGAGCAUUUCUGUUGUUCAUGGAAAUCUUUCUGAGGAAGCAUCAAAACAAAUGAGAAGCAGAGGGAAAAUCCUGAAGACUAAAGAUGGUAAAUUGCCAUUUUCUGCUAUGGGCGUGAGCUCCGUUAUCCAUCCCAAGAACCCUCAUGCACCUACUAUCCAUUUCAACUACAGAUACUUUGAAGUUGAAGAAGCAGAUGGUAACAAGCAGUGGUGGUUUGGUGGUGGAUGUGACCUUACUCCAACAUAUUUGAACCAAGAUGAUGCUGUCCAUUUUCACAGAACUCUAAAGGAGGCUUGUGACAAGCAUGGUCCAGACCUAUACCCCAAAUUUAAAAAAUGGUGCGAUGAUUACUUUUUUAUAGCCCAUCGUGGAGAGCGGAGGGGCGUUGGUGGGAUCUUUUUUGACGAUCUUGACUCUCCAUCCAAGGAAGAGGUGUUUCGCUUUGUGCAGAGCUGUGCCCAGGCUGUGGUUCCUUCUUACAUUCCUCUUGUGAAAAAGCACUGUAAUGACUCAUUCACUCCCCAGGAGAAGCUGUGGCAGCAGCUCAGGAGAGGCCGGUAUGUGGAAUUUAACUUGCUGUAUGAUCGGGGCACAAAGUUUGGCCUCUUUACUCCGGGAUCCAGGAUCGAAAGCAUCUUGAUGUCUUUACCUCUAACUGCCAGAUGGGAGUACAUGCAUUCACCCUCAGAGAAUUCCAAAGAAGCUGAAAUUCUGGAAGUUCUACGCCACCCGAGAGAUUGGGUGCAUUGAUGCAGGCGGAGCCACCAUGCUGGGGUUUGGGGGACACAGAGUGUGCACCCUCCCCCUGGCCAGCAUGUGGCCACUACUUAGCAGUUUGUUUCCUGUGCCUACGUGUUUCCCGGUCUUCUCCGCUCUGGGCCCCGCUCCUCUCUGGGGGUAAAGUGUGUUUUACACACCACAACUUCUGGGUGAAUGUUGUCAGUGUCGGCCUGUAAGAUGGCGGAGUGUUUGUUCUUUAGAGCCGUUUAAUUGGUACAAAAAUUGGUUUAUACUUUUAGAAUCAUUUUAUACGACUAGUUUAUAAAAUAUGUCAUUGAAUUUAUAAGUGCUGAAUAAAGGGAAUCUAAAUGUAAUAAUUUUAUAUCAUGAAGCUUCUCAUGUUAUUUUUGUUUUAUGUAUUUUUAAAAGUUUUUGUUUUGGCCACAAAAAUCUCCAUCCUGGGAUAACUUUCAUUUUCAUUAAUUCAGUGACAUUGAGACUUAUUAGUAAUUUUAGAAAGUAGCUUGAAACUAAUGUAAAAGUUUUACUUUGUCUAUACUGAAGUUUCUUGGAUCAUCCGUGUUUAUAUUUUGUAUCCCCCAGAGGCCAUAAUAUUGUAAAAUAUUCAUUUUUUUAAACUAUACAUCCUUAGGAAAACUUAAUAUUUUCCUUAUCUAUGCAUGUGCUACAGUUCCGUGAUUACCUGUAGCUGUUAACUUCCAAAGUGACAUCAUUGGUAUUUAAGUAAGGAUGUUUGAGUUGUAAUUUUGAUUUUUGUAGAACUACACCGUGUUUUUACGCAAAUGACGUGCACCUCCUAUUUUGUUUGCCAACGACACCCUCCCCCAAUGAGGUGUUUUUGUAAGCAUGCUAUGUUAACAUUUAAAAAAAAUUGGCAUGGCAGCACUUACGAAAAUACCUCGCAGGGGGAGGGCACGGUUGGCAGACAAACAUAGGAGACACGUGUUAUUUGAGUAAAAAUAUGGCAGUGUGUUAAUGUUGGCAUUCUCUGUUCUGUUGAAUGUGAAAACUUAUAUCCCUGGAUUCUGAUACUUAAAAUUUUCUAUUGUAGACAUUUCUAUAUGGAAGUUUAGACUAAUAAUGCUGGCGAAGUUGUGAAAUUUAGAAAAGUUUCUCAUUUUGGAAUGAAUUGGAAUUGAAAUUACCAUCCGUUAUCAAAAUAGUUUCUGCAAAAUGGGAUUCUUAUCUUUACUCUUAAGAGAAUCACAACAGAAUUUCUAAUGUGUGGCUUCUUUGUUCAUACAAUAAUGUGAGUAUAUUGUUAUGAUUCAUAAACAUUGAAGUUUUUAAGGAAUAGUAUCUUAUUGUUAAGAAUGUCUUGGAAUAUGUCGAAUAUAUGUUAUUGUGUGUGACUCUUCACGGCUAGAAAAUGUAUGAAGCUCAAUGUACUUUAAUUCUUCAACUGUUUUAGAACAGAUCCACUAAUAAAUCUUAUUACAAAUAAGAGUAAAAAA